AUGCCCUUCACCUGCCCUCAGCGGGGUGACCCUCCUGUCCCCUCACCUCCCGGGCCCUGCCGAGCGCCGCCCCUGUCCCGUGGUGGGUGCUCUCCCACCCUGGCUCUCCGCUGUGGAGAGGCCUCAGCCAUCCCUGAGGGGCCUCAGGCCCUGCGGUUCUGUUGUGGGUGGGUGGCAGAACUGAGGGCGCUGCAGAGGAGCAUCCUGGUGGGGGGACAUCUUGUGUCACUGUCCCCCAGCCAUGGGGCAGGUGGCUGUGUCCCUGUUGGCUACAUCCAGCUUGGAUCAGAGCAGCUGCUGAUCCAACCUGUGAAUGCAUCCGAGACCUCGUUCAGUGGGAAGGAACAUUUCAUCAGGCGGAGACGAUCCACCAAACCCGGCCAGCCCAGCAAGCCCCACGGCCCUGAGGAGCACUGCCAGGUUGUGGCAGAAAAGAAGAGACAGAAGAAGGUGAAGUCCACGAGUGACUGGCGGGAGAGGAGGAAUGCGAUCCGCCUCACCAGCGAGUACACGGUGGAGACCCUGGUGGUGGCAGAUGCUGACAUGGUGCAGUACCACGGAGCAGAGGCUGCCCAGAGGUUCAUCCUCACAGUUAUGAAUAUGGUGUACAACAUGUUCCAGCAUCAAAGCCUGGGAAUUAAAGUCAACAUUCGAGUGACCAAACUAGUCCUGCUUCACAACCGCCCUGCAAAGUUGUCCAUCGGGCAUCAUGGAGAGAGAUCUCUGGAGAGCUUUUGUCAGUGGCAAAAUGAAGAAUAUGGUGGGGCAAAAUACCUUGGUAACAACCAGGUUCCUGGUGCCAGGGAUGACACCCCUCCUGUGGAUGCUGCUGUUUUUGUGACCAGGACAGAUUUCUGCGUGCACAAAGACGAGCCUUGUGACACUGUGGGAAUUGCUUACUUAGGAGGUGUCUGCAGUGCCAAGAGAAAGUGUGUUCUUGCUGAAGACAACGGCCUCAAUCUGGCAUUCACAAUUGCACAUGAGCUUGGGCACAACAUGGGAAUGAGCCACGACGAUGAUCAUCAGCCCUGUGCUGGGAGGUCUCACAUUAUGUCUGGAGAAUGGGUGAAGGGCAGGAACCCAAGUGACCUUUCCUGGUCUUCGUGCAGCCGAGACGACCUCGAAAACUUCCUAAAGUCCAAGGUGAGCACGUGCCUGCUGGUGACAGACCCCCGGAGCCAGUAUUCGGUGCGGCUCCCUCACAAGCUGCCGGGCAUGCACUACAGCGCCGACGAGCAGUGCCAGAUCCUUUUUGGCACCAACGCCACCUUCUGUAAGAACAUGGAGCAUUUGAUGUGUGCUGGGCUCUGGUGCCUGGUGGAAGGAGACACAUCCUGUAAAACAAAGUUGGACCCCCCUCUGGAUGGCACCGAAUGCGGCGCAGACAAGUGGUGCCGAGCUGGGGAGUGUGUCAGUAAAACCCCCAUCCCUGAGCACGUGGAUGGGGACUGGAGCGUGUGGAGCCAGUGGAGCAUGUGCAGCCGGACGUGCGGAACAGGGGUGCGCUUCAGGCAGCGGAAAUGUGACAACCCCCCCCCGGGCCCGGGUGGGAAGAACUGCCGGGGGGCCAGCGUGGAGCACACGGUGUGUGAGAACCUGCCCUGCCCCAAAGGGGUGCCCAGCUUCAGGGACCAGCAGUGCCAGGCCCACGACAGGUACACCAACAAGAAGAAAAGCCUCCUGACAGCGGUCAUUGUGGAUGAUAAGCCAUGCGAGCUCUUCUGCUCCCCACUGGGCAAGGAUUCCCCCGUGCUGGUGACAGACAGAGUCCUGGAUGGAACUCCCUGUGGGCCUUAUGAGACAGACCUCUGUGUACAUGGCAAGUGCCAGAAAAUUGGCUGUGAUGGGAUCAUUGGCUCGGCUGCCAAAGAGGAUCGCUGUGGGAUCUGCAGUGGCGAUGGGAAAACCUGCAAAGUGGUGAAAGGAGACUUCAACCACACCAAGGGCAUGGUAACCAAUAGUCAUUGUAAGAAGGUUUCCACAUGUGUGAUGGCAAAGGCAAAGGCUGUUCCCAAGUGUUUCUCGUGUUACAUCGAAGCCGCUGUGAUCCCUGCAGGUGCCCGGCGGAUCAGAGUGGUUGAGGAUAAGCCUGCUCACAGCUUUCUGGCUUUAAAAGAUUCCAGUAAGAGAUCCAUUAACAGCGACUGGAAAAUUGAGCUUCCUGGUGAGUUUCAGAUCGCAGGCACCACUGUCCGGUACGUGCGAAGGGGGCUGUGGGAGAAAAUCUCUGCCAAAGGACCAACUAAAAUACCACUGCACUUGAUGGUGCUGUUAUUCCAUGACCAGAACUAUGGAAUUCAUUAUGAAUACACCAUCCCUGUAAACUAUACUGCUGAAAACAGAAGUGAGCCAGAAAAGCAACAGGAUUCCUUGUACAUCUGGACACACAGUGGAUGGGAAGGAUGCAGUGUUCAGUGUGGAGGAGGUGAGAGGAAAACCAUCGUGUCCUGCACUCGGAUCAUUAACAAGACAAUGACACUGGUGAAUGACAGUGACUGCCAGCGAGUGACCCGCCCCGAGCCCCAGGUCAGGAAAUGUAACACACACCCCUGCCAGUCACGGUGGGUGACUGGCCACUGGAGUCCCUGCUCUGCCACCUGUGAGAAGGGUGUGCAGCACCGGGAGGUCACCUGUGUUUAUCAGCUGCAGAACGGCACCUACGUCAACACCAGGGAUCUCUACUGCCUGGGCAGCAAGCCAGCCACGGUGCAGAGCUGUGAGGGACGGGACUGCCUGUCCAUCUGGGAAGCAUCAGAGUGGUCAAAGUGCUCAGCAGACUGUGGCAGGGGAAUUCAGAAAAGAACAGUGACGUGCACGAACUCCCAAGGCAAAUGUGAUGCAGCCACCAGGCCGAGAGACGAGGAGGAGUGUGAGGAUCACACAGGCUGUUACGAGUGGAAAACAGGAGACUGGUCCAAGUGCUCCUCGACGUGCGGCAAGGGGCUGCAGUCGCGCGUGGUGCAGUGCAUGCACAGAGUGACCGGGCGCCACGGCAGCGAGUGCCCGGCGCUGGCCAAGCCCGCCGCCUACAGGCAGUGCCACCAGGAGGUCUGCAACGACAGGAUCAACGUCAACACCAUCACCUCACCCAGGCUCGCUGCCCUCACCUACAAGUGCACGGGGGACCAGUGGACAGUGUACUGCAGGGUGAUCCGGGAGAAGAACCUGUGCCAGGACAUGCGGUGGUAUCAGCGCUGCUGCCAGACCUGCAGAGACUUUUAUGCAAACAAGAUGCAGCAGAAGAGUUAAUGAACCUGUGCCACUCCUUAGAGUCUUCCAGCUGUUUGUAUGGAAAUCACAGACUAGUAGGUCUGAGUACUGGAACUUCAUGAGUUGCUACAGCGUGGCGGAUCCCAAAGCACACCUAAUGAGACUUGAAACUAAUCCUACAGACUGGAUACCAAAGUCAUCUGCUCAUCCACC